GCACGAUAGACUUAUUAAAGAAACUUACCUACUACUAAAUAUGUCAAAAGAAAUAUUUGGUAAGGAACCUUAUAGAGAAAAAGGUGAAGUCUGAGAUCAUAGAAAGUUUGUUAUAAAUUUAGUUGUAAUAGUAGUAAAAAUAAGUAGCAAAAAUUUCUUGACAAAAGAGUUGAUAUCCCGUAUCGCAACUUUCAAGCUUUUCUAUAUCAAUAUUUAUUUUUGUGGAUGCGAAAACGAUGUAAGUGGAACCAAGUGCAUCUUUUCCCACUGUUAAUAAAUGCAUUUAGUGCAAAUAAGUCCUUGGCAUUGGUUUGGUGUACUCGGUAGUAGUUGGUCGGCCGUAGUGCGGAGCGGUUGUGACCACGAUGUUCUGUCUCGCGAUCACAGUGAAAGUUCGUUAGACACUGAAAUGCACGCGGUAGCCUUUCUGUUUGUGGUGACAUGGACAACAGGCCUCAGCGAUGGCUAUGAUUUUGCAUCAGCGUGCACGCGACCGUACCGUUCGAAUCGUGCUCGAGCCUCACCAGAUGCUCCCUGUGACCUCUCUAAGCAAGGAUAUUGCACCACUCCAGGAUCCGACUAUCCCUGGCAGGCGAUUAGACGUUUCGUCAGGGAAAAUCAGGGGCUCAUGAGAAGAAUGUACGGUGAAGAACGGCAUAUAUCAGUGCUAAAAGCGGAACUAGACAAUUUCCUAGAAGACGAUGAAGAUGUAGAGGAUUCGAGUGACUUCGCGGAGGACAUUAUCAAAACUAAACUAAUAUAUACAAAACGAAGCCAGGGACGUGCCAUGAAAGACAAACCUCACUUCAGACCUAUCCAAAGCAACGAUAAAAACAAAAAAGUGGAAAACGAGUCCUUAAAAGUUAAACCUUUAGACGUUAAAGGCAAUAACACAAAAUUCAACAGGGUAAAUAACGGUGAUAAAACAAAUGGUAACCAAACUCUCAACGAUGAUAAGGAGAUAUCAUACAAAACACAACUGGAAAGUAUAGCACAUAUUGAGAUUAAUAACCUAGAGGCAGAUGUUAUAACAUUGGAUGCAGUGAUAAAACAAAGUAUAGAAACAAAUAGUGUGUAUCCUAAUAAAUCGGAUAGUAGUACUAAAGCUGAAACUGUUGGUCUUAGUAAAAAUAGCACACCAUCAAAUAAAAAUGUUACUCUGACUACAGAAACUUUAGUGAAUGCUACGGAUUCGGCUACUACCGAAAUGUAUUACGACUCAACUCCGGGGUCAGAUAAGAAUGGAUGGAAAGCUAUAAACACUGUUCCAGAUGCAUCAACUCUUCCGCCGACUGCAUUAUUUUCAGAGCACGAAAAGGGGAAAACGGACAGGGUUGACACGAAAAGCGGAGAAUCCAAAAAAGAAGAACAACCUAACAUAAAACCCAUCCAGUUCCAAGAAAAACGUCCUUCAGUUAUUAAGUUACGAGGAGCAAAUGCGUGCGAAACAAAAGAAGAGUUGCUGGCGCCAUUUUGGGCGAAUAACACCCGUGGAGAGAAGCUAGUGCUGGUCAAUAUGUAUCCGUAUGAGCAGUACAUCCAUCUGGAAACCUGCGUACAUGAGCGUAAGCAGAUGUAUUGCCGCGAGGGAUGCAGAUGUGAGCAGCACUAUCGGCUACACCGUCUCCUGGCAUUCGAUCCUCACAAUCCGUGCAGGGGUAUAUUCUCAGACUGGUUUAAAUUCCCCGCUUGCUGCGUUUGUCGGUGUUAUGACGUGCCCCUAGAGUUCCGCGCGCGCUCACCUAGAGUUCUCCACCCACAGUAUGGGGAGCAAGUUAAAAGGAUUAUAUACGAAGAUGUGGCAAGGGAUUGGUACUCGAUGACAGCGUACGAAGAUGAGGAUGAAGACAGUUUAUUUUGAGGUUAUUUACUGAAAACUUUUUGACUAAUCAAUUAUUCGCUUAUAUCUCACGUCCUAUAAAUCGGAG